UCUGAAACAAUAAUAUAUAGAUAAAACACCGCGUUUUUUAAUUUUCCCAGAGCUUUCAAGUUUCAGGUUCAAAGCUCUGAGUGUAAGUGCAGCUCAACUUCUCUCUAUCUCUGUUCUCUCACACACACAGGUAGCUCCUAAUUUCUGAAGAAGGAAUAUGCAGGCAAGUGAUAGGUUUAACAUCAAUUCCCAACUUGAGCAUCUCCAAGCUAAAUAUGUUGGAACUGGGCAUGCCGAUUUGAACAGAUUUGAGUGGGCGGUGAAUAUUCAGCGUGAUAGCUAUGCUUCAUAUAUUGGGCACUACCCUUUGCUUGCAUACUUUGCUAUUGCUGAAAAUGAAUCCAUUGGAAGAGAACGCUACACCUUUAUGCAGAAAAUGCUUCUACCCUGCGGUCUCCCUCCUGAAAGAGAAGAAGAUUGAGAAUUUCCGUCUGGGGUACAAAGGGGAAAGGGCUAAUCACAAAGUUUGUAGCCUUUGAUAAUUUAUUGUACUGUUAUUCUGAUUGAAAACAUAUGGUUGUUGUUAGAGGUUACUGAAUCAUCUUCCUCUUUCUUGUAGAUCCUUAAGAUUUAGUUAAAUGCAUCUUGGAAUAUUGGCUCUUGA